AUGAUUUUUGUGCAAAACAAAUUGCUGAAAGUCUGGGCACUGCCGGCGCGACUCGUCCUUCAGGAUGAGGUUCAUCUGAUCCUAACGGUAGAUGGUUGGAGACAUUGGGAAUUACGUCUGCUAGUCGAGAUCAGUGGUGUUCUCGUUGUCAGCUUCUUUCCAGAUCAUCUGAAUAAAUGUCUAGAGGCGUGUACACCCGGAAUAACUGUGAGAAAUAAGUUUACGUCAUCCACUGUUAAAACAGCAGGUGCAAGAAAUCUUGAAGACGAUGCGAUUCGGCAGUCCCAUAGAGUGCUCCCAGAUGGGGAAGAGUAUCUGAGUAGCCGCAGGGCAGAGAUCAGACACCUUAGUCUCGUCCACAUCCCUCAAAACCCGCCCGGUGAUUUUUGUCGCCCACAGCGACAAGACAAACGGAAAUGGUACCGAAAAGUCACGCACCAUUUGUCUGAGACGGGAAUCAACUGCAACGUUCAUGAAGAUACAGUUCAGCAGUGGCCGAUUGAACAGCAUCUACCUCAAGAAUAUGCUGUCGGUGCUACUCGCCUUCCAGGAUGGGGACCGCGUGAUCCCCACUGUGCCUGGUUGGAGACACUGCAAGAUAUGGCUGCCAACCGAUGUCAGUGGCGUUCUUGUUCUCAGUUACUGUCCAGAUUGCCUGAGCUUUCAAAUAAGUCAUGGUUGUACGGCAGUGAAGCAUAUGUAUUGAACACUGAUGUCACGCUGUCGAUGAUGAUGAUGAUCUCAAGAAUAAAAUGCCUAUGGACGAUUCCGUGA